UUAACCCAACCAGCCCUGUAUCCCUUCUUUGUAUUAAUGUGUCUGUUAACUUUGUCUGUCUGAGUUUUUACUAUGCACAAGGUAAGAUUAACUGGAUUCGAAGCCAUACAAUGUGUCCAAUGUCCUUAAAAUGAAGUUUGCUUGUAUGUACUGCGGUAUGAAUAGAAUCGCAUUUACACAUAAUAUUUAGAUAUAUAAAUAUCUAUGCACAUUUUUAACCGUCAAUUCAGUAUUCGAUCAGAGUGUCACCAACCUCUAACCCUUUUCGUUAACGGUCGUACAUACGUAUGUAGGUACAUAGAUACCUAUAUCUUCAUUUCUUCAUUUCAUAUCUUCAUUUCAAUUCUUCAUUUCCAAAGGGGUGAAUAAUUUUAACUUGAUAUCCAAUAUAUUAAUUAACCACUUGUUAAAUUAAUAACUCUGAGUAAAAUGACAUCAGUGAAGUUAAACCAGAUAAAAGCAGGAUUUUUAAACAACGAACUUACCAUAAAGAUUAUUGAAAUAAAAGAAUUCAAAAAACAAAGUGGUGAGAAAUGCGUGAAGAUUCUACUUGGGCAAAGGACAUCAAGAAUUGAAGCACUUGCAUUCCCCAAGGUUGGAAUUGAAUUCACGAAAAAAUAUACGGUUGGACAAAGUGUUAAAUUUCCGUCAGGGACUUUUAUCGCUAAAAAACGAGACAAAAAGUACCAGAGUAAAUCUACCUGUAAUUUUGACCUUACUUUCGUUCGUGUUCCACAUGACGCCGGCAACCAGAACAAUGGAAAUAAUGUCGUUUCGAAUGUUUCCAUACCACAAGCGGGAACAAGUGGCAGUUCUUCUAUUAAGACUGAUGAUUUUAAUGCAGCUGCUGAAAGAAUUAAAAAACGGGGUGCGUUUUCUUCAAAUUUGUCAUCAAUUGUAAUUACGUCGGGUGAAGUUUACCGAUAUCUUGGUUGCUCCGAGUGUUCCAAACGGGUCGAUAAAUCCGAUAAAGAUGGGAAAUACCGCUGCAGUGGAAAAUCAUGCAAGAAGAGAGGAUCGAAAAAGUGGGUUGAAACUACAGCAAAGAUAUGUGUGACUAUACGGAAUGUUACAAUUUCAAACUCGAAUGGGAAUUUGAUCAACGGAAUCGUCAUAUUCGACAAGCACGCAAAUAAACUGUUGGAAAUUGACGACGUCAACGACUUCAAGGACGACAAUGAAAUCUGUUCAAGGUUUACAAAACUUCUUAACGCUACAAUCGAUGCUAAAUUGAGGAGAAACAAUGUAAAAAGCGGGUCCAACUUUGCGCCGCCAUUGAUGCUUGAAGAAAUAAAUGUGAAAGAACUAGCGAAAGUGGUAACCCCGAUACAGGCUGAUUUAGACUCUGACGGGGAGGACAGUGAUGGCUGGUUUGCAGAUGAAGGAGAAGAAAUUAUAAAUUUUGGCAAGAAAAAGAAAAAGCGGCAGGACAAGAUUGACAAAGAACUCGGAACGUCAAAAGCCAAGGUUGGAAUCAAACCGACGCCGUACGUAGUAAACGUCGUAAAAGAUGCAAGGGAACAAAAUAGGAAGGACUUGGAUUUUACCCAAAUGAUCCCCGUGAGGGCGUAGCGGGUGUCGUUCUUUUAAUCAAUAAUAUGAACUACCCACACAAAACGGAAGAAGAAGACCGGAUUAGAUGCGGCUCAGAAGUUGAUGUCGAAUUGCUUACCGAACUAUUCAAGAAGUUGGAAUAUGAAAUUUAUACCAACUGCUGCAUCACGGAUAUUCAGGAUAACAAAACGCUGGAGAAGCACAUAAGUGGCUAUAAAAAAAAUUUGGUCUCUUCAAAGGCUCACUCUGCUAUUAUAAUUUUCAUGGGCCACGGUCACAAUCACGAGAUAGAGUUAACCGGCAAAAAUCCAUCGAGUGGAGGAUCAAA